GACGCGAACCGUCCUUCUGGUUGGCGUUACCAUGGAGAGCGUUGCCAUGUGACGCAUUGUUGAUAACCAGGAAGACGCUGUUCUGCCUGGUGGUAGCAAGGAGGAGAGAAAUGGAAGAUAACUUUCAGCUCGGAAAUGUUGGAGCGGUGAAAAAUGUUGCAAAGUCUGGACGAAGAGCUCGCCUUGCAGCCGACCAAUCAUCAUCUGAAGAGUCUCGUUACGUAAGGAAGUCCUCCACAUCUGCUUCAAUUGGAGAAGGUCCUCCUCCUAAACCGGCCCGGCGGCAGGGUGGCUGGGCAGAAGAAAGCUCUGGCUCUGGUUCUGCCAAAUCCUCAAGAAGACCUGCAGCUGAAGACCUGGAGGACCGCCGCCUGCGACCACAAACUCCCCCGGGAUCAGAUGAUGAAGGAGAUAUUCCAGUGAUUCCAGACCUUGACGAAGUACAGGAAGAAGAUCUCACCAUGCAGAUUGCAGCUCCACCAAGCAUCCAGGUGAACCGGGUAAUGACCUACAGAGAUCUGGACAAUGAUCUGAAGUAUUAUUCUGCGUUCCAGUCCAUAGAUGGGGAGAUUGACUUGAAGCUCCUCACCAAGGUUUUAGCGCCAGAGCAGGAGGUGAAAGAGGAUGAUGUGAGCUGGGACUGGGAUCAUCUGUUUACAGAGGUGUCCUCAGAGCUGCUGAUGGAAUGGGAUCAAGGAGAGAGUGAGGAGCAGGCCGCGCUGCCUGUAACAUGAGGAGGAGGUUUGAAAUGGGACUUUGAAUGGCUCCAGUGGGAACUGGGUGAAUGUCCAUUACACAGACGGGCCAGUGACUUUGGUUCUAUUAACUUUAAUUACUGUUUGUUAUCCAGAAUUUAUAUUUUGUAAAGUGUAUAUACAGUGUUUCUUGUAUUUUCUAAAUAAAGUUCACUGUUGAGUGAACGGUG